UCAUAUCGUGACGGUUGCAAACGGGUGAAGUAUUAACCGCAUACUGUUGGGGUAAAUUGUUGGUGAAAGUUUUUUGGAACGGCGACACCGAGCUGUGGGUGCAUAGUGGAAAAUGGCACAUUUCGAGGAAAACUGUGAGAUUAAGGAAUCGGACGAAUUGGGGCGAUAUUUGGUGGCGAAAAGAGACCUAGCUCGGGGCCAACAGAUACUGGUGGAGCAACCGAUUGCCGUUGGACCAUAUUGGGACUCGGAGAUACGGUGUUUGAACUGCUACAAAAACUCAUGUACGAUAUGCAGAAAAUGCAAAAUGGCACCCCUUUGCUUCGAUUGCGCGGCUCACAACGAAACUGAAUGCAAUUUCUAUCGUGACUCUGGUUUGAACAUCAAUUUCCUGAUCGAUCACUUCAACGUCGUUACUCCGGUGCGUUGUCUACUGUUAGCCACAACGAAUCCGGCAAAAUUCGACGAGAUGAUGACCAUGGAAGCGCACUCAAAUAUCAGGAGAGGUUCGGAAAUAUGGAAGGCCCACGAGAAAAAAGUGGUUCGCCCUUUGCUGGAUAGUAAAGCAUUCGAAAAGAUGCAGUACCCCGUUGUGACCGAUGAAUUGAUCCAGCAGAUUUGUGGAUUUUUCGACAUCAAUGCGUUUGAAAUUCGCGGCAACAUGGAUGAUGGACUACAAUUCGAGAGUCUCGUAAGAGGACUGUAUCCGAAAGUGGCCCUGAUGGCCCACCAUUGUGUGCCCAACACGUUGAUCGUAGUCGAUGGGGAUGCAAAACUCAGACUGUACACGACGGUACCAGUGAAGAAAGGUGAAAUGCUGCUCUACAAUUACACAAGGAGUUUGUUUGGGACAUUUGAACGAAAAGCUCAUCUCAAGAUAGGAAAAUAUUUUGUCUGUUCUUGCAGUAGGUGUGAAGACCCAACCGAGCUGGGGACGCAUCUGAGCUCGCUCAUUUGCACACGAUGUGAUGACGGAUUAUGCUCGUACUAUGGCAAAGAAGACAAAUGGGUGUGUAGCAGCUGCGCGAAAGAAGUCGAGAAAAAAUACGUAGAUAAUGUGUUUUCGAAUGCCCGAAAAGAUGCAAUGGAAUGUGCCAACGAUAUCCACGAGCUGGAACGCACAAUCGCUAAGCAUUCCCGAACACUGCACCCAUGUAACUCCAUUAUAUUGGAACUGAAACAAACACUUGCUGGAGAGUUGCGGAAUCUAUGUUUACUAUCACCACCAUCCAAGAUAUCCAAACAAAUACUGCAGCGUAAAUUCGAUCUAUGUCAGGAAAUGCUUGCGAUCCUGCGAGUUUUGGAGCCUGGCAUAUCCCGCCUUACCGGAAUCGCACUAUAUGAAUACAAUGUAGCCCUGUGGGAUCUAACGAGAAAGAAGUUCGAUACUAAGAUUAUCCCAGCGGAAGAUCUUUUGGAAGAACUCGCUAAGGCUGAAAGUGGACUAAAGGAAUCUAUAAGUAUGUUACUGUUUGAACAUCCUUCAACGCCAGAGGGUCAAUUGACGAAACGUGCGAUGCGCGAUCUUAAGAGCUUACGAGAGGAAAUGAAACAAGUGAGGUCAAUGAUGGUCUUGAACUCAACAGGAUGA